CCCCCCCAACACACCAAACUAUAACACACACUAGUACUUCAGUCCAGACAAAUACCCACACCUAUGGCCGCUAGUAAUGAUGAUUGGAGCAUUGCCCAGAAUUUUGAAAAUUUCUUCAAUGGCUGGCUUGUUCGUCAGGAAGGAUUCCAUGAACGUCUUGUUCAAGCACUUAGAUCCCAAGAUGAAGACCAAAUCCAGCAGCGGGAGAGUUUGAUUCAUCAAGUGGUGUCUCACUACGAACAGUACCUGGUAGAGAAAUCCACGGCGGCCAAGGAACGAGUUCUGCUCUUCUACUCUCCUCCAUGGUUAACUUGUUUCGAGAAGGCUCUGCUCUGGUUUGGUGGGUUCAAGCCAUUCUUACUCUUUAAAUUACUCGCCAACUCGGUACCAGAAUUGACCCCCGAACAGGAGGAAGCCAUUGAGCGAGUUAAAUGCGAGACUAGAAGAGAAGAACGAGAGCUGACUCAGGACUCGGCGACCAUUCAAGAGAGCUUGGCAGCUCUGCCGCUGUUGAACCUGAUUAGGCGUUACCGGGGAUGGAUCGAUGAGGAGUUGUCGGAGCUUGAGUCGGCAAUGGAGGAAAUGAAGGUUGAGAUGCUAAGAGUACUGGAGAGAGCUGAUAAACUCCGUUGCUCGACUGUAAGGAAGUUACUACAAACGCUGAGUCCAAUCCAAAAACUGCAGUUUCUAUCUGCUUCGACCGAGUUUCAGCUUACGGUGAGGAAAUGGGGUUUGCAAAACGACCAACAGAGAUCAAGGUGAUAGGGAAUGUACUGGAACCUUUUAAUUUUUGUUCUUUUAUUAUAUUACCUGUUCUACAAGUCCGUCAAUUACUUUGUCGGUAUUUGCAAUGAUGAAUUUACAUGGGGUCAGAUCCUGGGAAUUGCAAAUUUAAUUACUCGUAAAGUUUAGUUUUGAUGCCA